UAUCAUUGUCUUUGUUAGUUUCUUCCUUCCUUUUUGUAUCUAUAGUCUCCCGAGGAUACGCUUCACACGAAAAAAAAACGUGAAAAUAAUGGAUCGUAGAGAAAUCGUAAUAUAAGAGUCAAUGAUAUAAAAAUUAAACGCUGUAUAAGAUUGUUGUAAAAUAAACGAUGAACCAAAUUUCAGGGCAAAUGCCACUCGGAACGAAAGAAUGAGUAAAUUUAACUGUGUUUUCACCUUAUGGAAAAUGAAUCGCUUUUCUCCCCACUAUCGCGACUCACCUGGAUAGCAGAGUAUAGGUGCAUAGACGUGUUGUACCUCGUCUAGGUGGUCGACUUCUUUCGUAAUGUAAUAUCAACGUUCGGCUAAAUUCAGUGAGGGCCCAGCACUCGUCGCGAGCGAAUCUUUUCGAUCGUUAAGUGAACAUCCAAUUUUUUUCACAUCAUAACGGCGACAAGCUCGUUAACAUAAACAAGAAGUAAAUAAAUAAACGAAUUAGCCGAUUCGUUAACAAAUAAUUAAAUAUUAUUCGAUAAACGAACCUUGCGUCUUAUCCUGGUUUAUAACAAUUAACGGUUAAUUAUACACGAGCUUCUGCUCGUACCGCAGAGUUAUAAUAUAACGAGAAAGAAAGUAUUACAACAAAUAGCGUGAAUGAAACUUCCAGGCAAAUUUCUCGCUGAGGAUAUGGCUAAUUAAUUUGCUGUUCUAAACGCGGAUCGUCGAAUCGAGUGAUCGAAGAAACAGCUGCUCGAAACUGUUUCAGGGAAAAUAUUGAUUCGUAAAAAAUCGGGCAAAAAAAAAAACCGUAUUCGAGAGAAUUAAAAAGCGCAUUGAGUUGAUGUUGCAUGGAAUCGUCGUUCGUCGCCUAUCUUCUACUCCCGCAUCCUGUUCUUCUGUGUACAAAUGAAUAAAUUAUCACGAAUGUUCGCUAUUGCCACACUCGACUAAAGUGUUGCAGACAAUUUGCCAAACAUGACCAAAGACAAACAGGCCUGGUUUCGAGGAGUUCGGAGUAGUAAAUUUCGGCACGUUUACGGAGUGCCGGCCAAGAGGGAAAAAUGUUACGACAAUGUCAAGAUAACUAAAAAUGCCCACGACUCGCAGUUUUGCGCAGUGAAUCCGAAGUUUCUCGCUAUCGUUACAGAAGUUGCCGGCGGCGGGGCUUUUCUUGUUUUGCCUCUCGACAACACUGGUCGACUAGAUUUUAAUGCAAGCAGAGUUACCGGGCACACUGGUCCAGUACUAGACAUCAAAUGGAAUCCGUUCAACGACAACGUGAUCGCGUCGUGCUCCGACGAUUGCACGAUCAAGUUGUGGCACAUACCGGAUGGAGGCCUCGGCAGAAAUCUGACAGACUGGCUCGUCGAGCUGCAAGGUCACAAGCGUCGCGUGGCGUACAUCGAGUGGCACCCAGUGGCUGAAAAUGUAUUAUUCAGCGCUGGAUUUGACCAUCUCAUAAUAGUAUGGGACAUCAAUAGUGGCGAAGCUGUUAAUAUAAUAGACAGACAUCCUGACGUGAUUUACAGCAUGUCAUUGAACAGGGAUGGCAGUCUAUUGGCAACGACUUGUAAAGAUAAAAAAUUGAGAGUCUUCGAACCGAGGUCUGGGAUAGUAGUUUCGGAAGGUGUAUGCCAUGCUGGAACAAAAGCAAGCAAAGUCGUGUUCCUCGGUAAUUCCGGACGCCUCCUGACCACUGGAUUCAGCAGACACUCCGACAGGCAAUAUGCUAUUUGGAGUCAACACGAUUUGUCGAGUCCUCUGGCUUGCGAGUCAAUCGAUUCUUCGAGCGGCGUAGUAUUUCCCUUUUAUGACCAUGAUACAAACAUGGUGUAUCUAGCUGGAAAGGGUGAUGGAAACAUCAGAUAUUAUGAGGUUGCAAACGAGGCACCUUGGCUACAUUUUCUGAGCCAGUUUAUAUCUGGCAAUCCUCAAAGGGGGUUGGGGCUGAUGCCAAAGAGAGGCGUGACCACCUCUCUGUGUGAGGUUUUCAGAUUUUAUAAACUACACGCCACUCGAGGGAUGUGCGAACCUAUAUCUAUGAUAGUUCCCCGGAAGAGCGAUCAGUUCCAAGAAGACUUAUACCCGGACACUAUUAGUACUACGCCUGCUUUGUCGGCUAAAGAUUGGAUUAGCGGAAUGAACAGUGCUCCAAAUCUGAUUUCUUUAAAAACAGGCGGUAGCAUCACAACCCAUAAACCUCGGGCAUAUAAACCGAAUCAAGGGCCUGCGGCAACCGACUUGAACACUAAAAAAAAGUUUGCCUUUCUGUCUACUGAGACAGUCCCAGAUUACAGACCUGUCGAGUUGCACGAUAUGUCGGAAAAGAGUCAAAAGACUUCUAGCAAUCAGAGUACAAAAAUUCAUCAGCUGCAGCAAAAAUUCGGCAAUGUUACAGUGCAGCCAACGAGAUGUAGUACUGAAUUCCAUGAGCUCGUGAACAAGUUUGGAAGUGUAACUAAUUAUUACCGAAAGAACAAUAUUAUGGCUUCUUCAUUGAACGACAACAAAACAAUCGGCAUCACGGAACCUCCAAUCAAUGAAUCCGAGUUGAGAGCUGCGUUUGCUCGACAAACCGAUGAACUGAGAUUAGUAAGACGACAGUUGGCCAACAGUCAGCUGAGGAUCAAGGAGCUCGAAGAACAAGUAAUCAAAUUACAAAAUCAUUGAACAGGAUUAUCAUUAACAGUGGUUGAGUAGCAAAGUACUUCUGUUCCUAAUUAAUGCUUGUCGCUAAAAGGUGUCGUGUACGUGGCCAUUUCGAGUGAAAAAUCACCAUAAGUUUGUGUUACGUAAAACUUGUGAUUCUCCUUUAAUUCCAUACAAUAAAUUGCAAUUUUUUUUUUUUUUUCUUCAAAUUCACUUUUAAACGUUGGCGUUGUCGUAUGAUACUUGGAAUACUGAACAUACUCUUAGUUUUUCAAAACAUGUGCUAUUUAAUCGCACAGUCUCUAUAAAAAUUGCCUUUUCAUAGAUGAAUUCAAUCAUUUCCCAGCUGUUCGAACUUUGAAUAAACGAAUGUGUGGAAAUGAUCUUGAAUUUGAAUCAUUUUGAAUCAUAUCUAAAUACAUAUGCCUAUGUAAGCUAUUCAGUAUUACAGUUGGAUGGAUAUUUGUCGUGAAAUUUGACUUAUGAACUUGUAUUGACCAUUUUAAUAUUAUACGUUGAACAAGCAAUCAAUAUGAAACUGUUAAUGAAAAUAUGCCUAUUAAAUAGAGCAAACUAGUGAUGAAUUUGUAAUUAUAUAUCAUAAUUACUAAAAUACAUACAGUACAUAGAUAUACCUUUGAAAAUGAAAUAUUUUAAUCAAUUGGUACAAACUUUUGAAAAUAGGAGCCAUCAAUGAUGUGAAAAAUUUUCCUAGCACUAUUAGUCAAAUAGUCUACAGCUUUUGCUAUUUAUGCAAUAUCCGUAUAAUCUAUUUAUAUCGUGCCUUUGCCAAAACUGGGUUCAAACUUUGCCUUCAAUGAUUUUCUUCGAAUUUUUCUCACAGCUUUUUCUGAACUUAAUAGAAAUGUGUGUCAGAAUAUUACGAAUGCAAGAAAAGGUUUUCUCCAAGUUCAAUUCGCGUAGCCGAAAAUAUAAAAUUCUCAUAAUAACGUUUUAAUUUGAUUACAAUAAUAAAUACAUUUUGCAAAAGUACAGUAGAUUCUUGCGAACAAAAUUAUAUAAUCAUAAGUGCCUAUUAUAAUCAUCAGAGUAUAAGUUUAAAAAUUCAGAUACACGAUUGACAGAACUGACAAAUUUUUAAUUUUUUUCUCAAUACAAACGAAACGUUUAAUUAUUAACAUUAGUAAUAUUUUUUUUUAAUAUUUUUUUUUUAAGCAGAAUAUAAUGCUAUCUGCACCUAUACUUUAUUUGAUGUUAGAUGUGCGUUGUAUUACUAAAUGAUUAGCUAUAGCCUUAAGAUUAAUUUUGGUCAUUCAAUGAUCGUGUUUAAUUUGUACCGCGAAUGUAUUACUUAGAACACAAAAUUGUAACCUAUCUCGGCGUAUGUCUUGUAUGCUUGACAAAAUCAGCGCUCGGCAAAGCUGAGUGUAAGAUGUAAAAUUUGGGAGUUUUGUAAGGUAACAAAAUAAGAAGAAGAAAAAAGAAACGGGAAACGAUUAAGUGGAGAAACAGUUUGACGAAAUUAUAACUAGGACGCAGCUAUUUUCUCAGACAAGGAAAGUUU